AUGUCAACUGUCAGCGUUCCUUCGUCUAGCUUGCUCAAAGGUGCAUCAAAAAAAUCCUCUGGUUUCACUAGGCCGCGACGUGCUUUAAGUUCUGUUAAGAGUAUUUCCAAAGCAUUCGGCUUGAAAUCUUUCUCCAAUUUCAAAGUUUCAGCAAUGGCAACGUACAAGGUGAAACUAGUCGGGCCUGAUGAAAAUGCUGGAAUGGAAUUGCCUUAUUCAUGUAGGGCUGGUACUUGUGCAACAUGUGCAGGACAGUUGGUUUCUGGAUCAGUAGACCAAUCCGAGGGCUCGUUCCUCGACGAAAAUCUAAUCGAGUAG